UCUUCUGGUCUGCAGCGGUGGGUGGUUUGCAAAUGGGUGGUUAUCUGCAGCGAUCGAUUGUUGAUCUGUCGAGGAGGCGCAAGACUAGGCUGAGCAAGUGGGAGGCUGCUGCUGCUGCUGUUCGCCGGUGGCGCUGCUGCAAAUCGGAGGUGCUGGGAUCCGGACGUGCGAAGCGGGGGAACUGGGUUGUGCGUAGGUGAGGCCGGUUUGGCUGGGCAGCGAUGGGCUGGGCUGGGCUGGAGGCAGCGAUGGGUGGGGCUGUGCUUAGCGUUGCGUCGCGGGAUUGCAGGUGCUGCUGCAAGGUGGUGAUGCAGGAGCUGGGGGGUGCUGCUGUGCGCGCAGGCGGGUGGUGGCCUGGUCUAGGCUGGAGGCCGGUGGUGUGCUGCAGGCCCGUGUAUUGCAGGCGGCAAGGUUGGGAAGGCAGUGGGCUGGGAUGCAGGCUGCUGCGCAGGUUGCAGGAGGAGGGAAAAGCCGAGCUAAGUGAUGAUGAACGCCUUUUUUACCUUGGAAUCUGUACUCCUGCUGAUCUUAACAAUAAUAACAAAGAAACAGGAAGUGACUCUGGCCUUUCACUAGAGAAGCUAAGUCUCCAACCACGAAAGAAGCUUCUUGUUCUCAGUCUCAAUGGGCUUCUACUCUACCGAGUUUACAGGUUUUCCCAACUACUCGAGAUCCUGAUGCCAGAUUUGCAAGUCAACUGGUUUUCAGAAGACCUUUUGCUGCAGAGUUUGUGGAAUUCUGCCUUGAACGAUUUGAAGUGGCGAAGAAAAGUCAAAGGUGUUUUGAAUCGUGUAAUGGGAAGGAGGCAGAGAAAGAAACUGUUAGUUAUAUUUGCUCAAGACGAUUGCACUUAUUCUGGGUCCAUGUCCAUGGAGGAUAAAGAGAAGCCCUUGUUUCUCAAAGAAUUGAAGGAUUUGUGGAAAUAUCUUGAUGGGAAGUAUUCUGAAUCUGAUACACUGUUGAUUGAUGAUCAACCUUACAAGGCCUUGCUCAAUCCUCCUUACAUAGGGAUUUUCCUCGAAUCCUACAAUCCUGACAAUGCUGGUGAUAAUGCAUUAGGAGAACUGGGGGUGUACUUGGAUGACCUUGCAGCUGCAGAUAAUGUUCAGGUUUAUGUGAAAAAGAACCCAUUUGGAGUGCCUGCAAUUUCAUCUGGCCAUCCUGAUUGGAACUUAUACUCUGAUGUCAUUCGACGACUUAAGGGAGAAAGCGAGAAAGCAAGUACAUCUCAGCAGCUGGAUUCUAGUAUCAGUUGGAUUCAAACUUUCUUGUUGUAUUCACUUGGAAUUCAAUUUCUGCUUUCGUUUUCUUUUCUUUUUUUCCUUUUUUUUUUUUGGUACUAGUUACCCUUGUUGAUUAUAUCAGUCCAGCUAUUACAGCCAAUGUUGGUAGUUAUUUUACAUUCUUGAUGUGACACAGUUACGUCAUUUAAUGAAACUCUAUGAUAGGUUGGAGUAGUUGGACUUUCUACCAUAUCAACUGCCACAUAAAGUGGGAUGCAGGUGGUAGUACCCUAAAAGGUGGUUCACCUAGCAUUACUUCUUUCUUUAAAGCCUAAUGUUGUGCACUUUCUUGUACUUCAUGUUUGUAUUUAUACCCUUAACAUUAUUAAUACCUAUAAAUAGUGAGCAACUGUGUUGUGCACUAGAAUAACGAAUACCACAAUAACCACUAUAGGUGGUCAAGUUGGUAAGAACCUUCACAUCCGGGUUCGAAUCUCGCCGACGCUAAUUCCGGAGUUCAUGUUUUUUCGGUUGUUCUAUGUGUUCUGUAAGUUAGUUUAAUAUCCAGAAACCUGAAAUAUUUUUGGUCUCAAAGUAAUGUGAGUAGUGAUUUGGGGCCUGCUUAGUCCAGAUCUGGGAUCUAGUGUGAAAAGCUAUUGCAAAUCUAUACUCAAUGUGUGAACUCUAUAUUCAAGCAUAUACUGUACAAUCCACACGCGAUACAACUUAUUAGCCAAUUUCAAUUUGGUUUACUGUAAUAGUUAUGACCUUAAAUGAAUGCCUAUCAUGUACGGAUCAUUGUCAAGUUUAAUACCCUUUUAGCUUGUAUAAUUUAGUCUGAAGUCAAGAAAGUCCCAAUUGUUAACAAGUGAACUUCUACAUACUGUCUGCUUUCAUAUAGUUAUGUUGAUAGAAAACAAUCUGGCAUGGAAUUUUAAAUAUUCUAUUGCCUAGUUUCUCAGUAUCAUGGUCUGUGCUACUUCUCUGAUGUCUGUUCUACUGGU